AGGAGGGACAAGCAGUCGCACCAACACCUUGGCGUUGGGCUGGGUCUACGUGGAGCCCCAGCGAUGCUCCCCAGCCCAUUCUUCCCAAGAACCGAUGAGUAAAAUUAGGGGCCUCUCUCCUGAGGUCAGGGAACCAUGCUUUGGAGUGGAACUGGGGGUGGAAAAUGGCCUUCUUUGUCAACUGAUUCAUUCUCCAGAAUUCAACUUGUUCCCCAACUCAGUGGUGUUUGAAAGCAACUUUAUCCAGGUCACUAAGGCUGGAAAAUGGAUGAAUGUCUGUGCAGACUCUACCACAGUGAUCCUUGGGGUGACCUCCUCUGUGCCCUCCUUGCCACUCCCCAAUGUCCUCCUGAUGGCCAAUGUCACCUGGCCACAGGGUCAGCACUCCACCUGGAACACACCUGGGGUCACCCCCAUCAUCACUCUCAGCAGGAUUCUGCCCCUGAGGUACGUGGAGCUACAAAUCCAUGACCGACUCCAACGCAUCCUGCGGGUCAGGACAGUGACUGAAAAGAUCUACUACUUGCAGCUCCAUGAAAAACACCCAGAGGCUGUCUUUCAAUUCUGGAUCCGCUUGGUGAGAAUUCUACGGAAAGGUCUAUCCAUCACCACCAAAGACCCAAGAAUCCGCUUCACCCACUGCCUGGUGCCCAAGCUGCCCAGACUCUCCACCGAAACAACACCUGGGAGCAGCCUCCCCGGGUCCUCCCAACCCAGCGAGACCCUUCUGCUGCUGGCAGCCGAGCAGACCAGCGGCAGUUUCUCAGAACUCUCUGGAAGGACUCAGCUCACAGCAGACAGAAGCACCAACACUGCCAUCAAAAUAGACAGUUCCAGCAACUACAAGAGGCUCUCGCCAGUGGUGUCGCCCAUCAGUGUGAACAUGCCCAUGAGAGCCACCUUGAGCCACAGCCUCUGGGAACAAGAUGACCCAAAUGAGCACCUCUUGCAGGCACCUGUAGCCAGUUCCCUCGGGGAGAACUUUCUGGGACCCUAACACCUACUCAGAACUAAUGCUCUACCUUGGCUCUGUGCCCUUGUCACAUCUUCUUUAAUGCUGUUCCCAUGGUGGCCGACCCACCAUAAGGAGCUAUGAAGGUGUUCACAACAAGGUGC